AUGGCUUCCUCAUCGACUCCUGCGACGCCACUCCUCUACUCAUGCAUCGCCCACAACACCACCAUCCUCGCCGAGUGCACCACCUCUGCCGCCUCGCAGACCUCGUCCCUCGCGUCGCUCAUCCUGCCCAAGAUCAACCAUGACACCCCUCAGAAGCUGACGUACACGCACGGCAACCACCACAUCCACUACAUCGCCGAGAGCCCCUCGGAGCACUCGUCCUCCCCGGCGGCGGGCGGGCUGACCUUCCUGGUGGUGGCCGAGUCGUCGCUGGGGCGGCGGAUCCCGUUCGGGUACCUGUUCGAGAUCCGCAAGCGCUUCCUGUCGCAGUUCCCGCCCGAGUCGACCGCCUACGACGACCUGCCCAACUACGGCGCGGGCUCCUUCAACGCCGAGCUCAAGUCGCUCAUGGUCGAGUACGGCGCCACCAGCGGCGGGCGGGACGACGCCAUCACCACCGCCCAGCGCGAGAUCGACGACGUCCGCGGCAUCAUGACCCGCAACAUCGAGGGCCUGCUCGAGCGCGGCGAGCGCAUGAUUUGCUUGGGGCUCAAGAGGGAGAUGUGGUGGAAGAACGUCAAGCUGAUGGCGCUGCUGGUCCUCGUGCUGGUCCUGAUCGUGGUGGCCAUCAUCAUUGCUGUCAAGGUCUGA